UCGAUUUUAAUAGCGGUUUUUAAAACCCAGUGUCUAUGAUAGUUUCCUUGUUCUAUCUACGACAUCGGAUAGUAAAAAUCCGUUGUUAAAAGUGGUGUUAAUGAACCAAAAUAAAAUAAUUUAAUUUUUCCACCAAUAUUUAGCCAAAAUUUGUAACACUUCACUCUUCCCUCCCAACCUAAACCUAUAUCGCACCGGUAUACCGUCGCGACGCCACCACUACUUUCCUCUUCGCCGCUGGAAUAUUUUAACAAAAUGUCUUUCUCUGGGUUUGUUCGCGACCUUUCUCUCUGCGCUUCUCACAGUUCUCAUGGGAGUGGUAGAGGCGGGCGACACCAGAUGCAACCCAAGCUCCCAGAUCUGGCUACUGGCACUGACCCUAGCAGCAUUCCCCCUCUCAAUGCCUCCUAGGGCUACCAGAUCUGUGCUUCUCACAGUUCUCUUGGUCAGAAUCACUAAGUUUAUGAAAUCAACUCUACGUGGUGGAGCAAUACUUGUGCUUGUUUGUGUUAUAUCUUCCUGCAAUUUUGUGUGAAGUGCUUGGUAUCCUCAAGUCGAUAUCUUUGAAAUCCUUUAGUAUUAUCCUUCUGUUAGGUUAGACCACCAAAGUGCAAAGGAGCAGAGAUGGGUUUGUAACGAGCUUGGCCUGAGGAUGAGUAUGCCACCGCAUCAGAAAAGGAUCCAAAGAUUUUGUUGACUACAUCUCAAGCAUCAAAGCUCUGUCCGUAAGUUUGACAUGAUUAUGCUAUUCAUUUUGGAAUUAAAAUUGGUGUUUCCCAACGCAGCGAGAAUGAACCGUGGUAGUCAGGUGAUCUCAGAAAUUAUUGAGUUUUGCCGAGCGCAUGAAUAUACAGAUGUUAUUUUUGUGCAUGAACAUCGUGGUGAGCCUGAUAAUUUGGUCAUUUGCCACUUGCCAUUUGGUCCAACUGCAUUCUUUGAGUUGCUGAAUGUGAUCUUUCUUGCACAUGAAGAUUCUUACAUGGUGAUCCAUUCGAAUCAAUUUUUUGGCAAGCAAAUUUCGGGGCAGAAAGGAAAUGCAGUCCCAGUAAUAUUUGAUACUGGAAGCUCGUACACUUACUUUCCUGAUGAAGCAUAUUGGAAGCUAACCGCAUAUCUCCAGUCGAUGUCCAAUAACUUCAUCCAAGAUGCCUCUGAUCUUACAAUGCCAAUAUGUUUGCGUGCCGAAUUUCCUAUCAGGUCUUUUAAAGAUGUGAAGCAAUUCUUUAAACCAUUAACCCUUCAAUUGGUAAACAAAUGGUGGACCAUGUCAAAAUCAUUCACUAUUCAACCUGAAGGUUACCUAGUAAUCAGCGUAUGUCUCCUCACAUCUUCUUUUGGGAAUUUGACAACAUAUUACAAGAAGUUUGCUAGCUAUCAGAAACUCCAACCUCUAUUCGGAACAUGGUCAGAGGAUGCCAUGCUAGAAUUCGGAUGAGUUAGGUUCAGGUCAAGUGGGUUUGUCUAAACUGAGUCUAGUUCAGCUGAAUUGGGUGAGGAUGUUCGAUUUGUCAGAUACUUGAACUGACUGGUUCGGUCGAACAAAUGAGGACAACCUGUAUUUGUAGCUGAGCUCUAUUUGAGCUUAAAAACUUUUUAAUAAAUGAGGCUUAAGUAUUUCUG